AUGGAGGAAGAAGUUGCCGCCCUCGUUAUCGACAAUGGUUCGGGUAUGUGCAAGGCCGGUUUCGCCGGUGAUGAUGCUCCCCGAGCUGUUUUCCCUUCCAUUGUCGGUCGCCCCCGUCACCAUGGUAUCAUGAUUGGUAUGGGUCAGAAGGACUCGUACGUUGGUGAUGAGGCUCAGUCCAAGCGUGGUAUCCUGACCCUGCGAUACCCCAUUGAGCACGGUGUUGUCACCAACUGGGACGACAUGGAGAAGAUCUGGCACCACACCUUCUACAACGAGCUGCGUGUCGCCCCCGAGGAGCACCCCGUCCUGCUCACCGAGGCUCCCAUCAACCCCAAGUCCAACCGUGAGAAGAUGACCCAGAUUGUCUUCGAGACCUUCAACGCCCCCGCCUUCUACGUCUCCAUCCAGGCCGUUCUCUCCCUGUACGCCUCCGGUCGUACCACCGGUAUCGUCCUGGACUCCGGUGAUGGUGUCACUCACGUUGUCCCCAUCUACGAGGGUUUCGCUCUUCCCCACGCCAUUGCCCGUGUCGACAUGGCUGGCCGUGAUCUUACCGACUACCUCAUGAAGAUUCUUGCUGAGCGCGGUUACACUUUCUCCACCACCGCCGAGCGAGAAAUCGUCCGUGACAUCAAGGAGAAGCUCUGCUACGUCGCCCUCGACUUUGAGCAGGAGAUCCAGACCGCCGCCCAGAGCUCCAGCCUCGAGAAGUCCUACGAGCUUCCCGACGGUCAGGUCAUCACCAUUGGCAACGAGCGAUUCCGUGCUCCUGAGGCUCUGUUCCAGCCUUCUGUCCUGGGUCUUGAGAGCGGUGGCAUCCACGUCACCACCUUCAACUCCAUCAUGAAGUGUGAUGUCGAUGUCCGAAAGGAUCUCUACGGCAACAUUGUCAUGUCUGGUGGUACCACCAUGUACCCUGGUCUCUCCGACCGUAUGCAGAAGGAGAUUACUGCUCUUGCUCCUUCUUCCAUGAAGGUCAAGAUCAUCGCUCCCCCCGAGCGAAAGUACUCCGUCUGGAUCGGUGGUUCCAUUCUUGCUUCCCUGUCCACCUUCCAGCAAAUUGCUUCUAAGCAAAACGACCGACAAACAAAAACCUCCCACUCGCGCAACGACGACAAGAUCAUGGAGGUGGCGGCCGGUGCAGAGCCUUGGGUGGUUGGCGCGCAUCAUGGUCGAAUCUCAUAUUUACGAAAAGUUUUUGACAUGGUCAAGAGGGUGGGCGUUGCGCUUGCUAUGAAGAGAUGUGAUGGCCCCUUCAUUGUAGUUGCGCGUGUAAUGCGUGCCUAG